AUGCGCAUCAAAGUUUCCCCUCCAUCCUACCAGUCGUCGUGGUACAAUGACUCUGCCCGCUACGAGUACCUCCAGAGCGACAUCUUCUGGACCCUCGCCAUCUUGAUUCUCGUCAACUGCUGGUGGUCAGCAAAACAAGUCGACUUCUUUGACUCUACAGCCGACGAGCAAGCCAAAAUCAGCCCCCGACCAUCAGUUUUCUGGCUCAGAUACCGCAUCACUUCCCGCAUUCGUCAAUACGUCGUCUUUUUAAUCUGCAGCUUGGUCCUGCCUCUUCACCUUCUCCACGGCUCUUGGGUUCUCAAGUCAGCAUGGCGAAUUAGCUUUGGCCUGGUCAAUCGCACAUAUCCCACGCUCAAACCGCGCAUGCUUGGGUUUCUCCUCUACUCCCCUCUCACUGCUGUCAUACUACUUGGCUGGGCUAUUGUUUUAGGACUGGGUGUUAUAAUUGUUGGAACUCAAAUCUUACUUAUUCGCAAUCUGUGGGUCAUGACGCCGUACGAUCCGGCUUCGGGAACACCUACAAAGAGUAUCGGCGAGACAGCUGCAGGCGACGGAGAUUGGCAUGAGAUCAAAGGGGACGAGAAUGAUUCAAAGAAAGAUAAAUAG